AAAUGGUUCCUUUCAAGUUAUAUUAGACUCUUUAGACUUCUUUAAGCUUUGGAACCUCGUGCUCAUGGCCAUGAAAACUCCUUCUCAUCUACUUCUUUGGCUUUCUUCUCUGCUUCUAUUCUUCUUCUUCUUCCUAACAUCAGUUUCUGCUACAGGAAGUCUCAAUACACCUAGGCUUGGUGUGGUUGAUAGAUUAUCAGACAACCAUGAAGAGGGUAUCAAAUCCUCCUCUUCUUCCAAUAAUUUUGAGACCCUUUUCUAUGCACAAACACUUGAUCAUUUCAAUUAUAGACCUGAAAGCUAUGCUACCUUUCAACAAAGAUAUGUGGUUAAUUUUAAGCACUGGGGUGGUGCAAAUUCUAGUGCUCCUAUCUUUGCUUAUCUCGGCGAAGAGUCGCCUUUGGAUGGUGAUCUCGCUGGCAUCGGCUUCCUCAAUGAUAAUGCCCCAACCUUCAAGGCUCUUUUAUUGUAUAUAGAGCACCGUUACUAUGGACAGUCCGUUCCUUUUGGGUCAAGGGAAGAAGCAUUCCAAAACACAAGCACGCUUGGGUACUUCAGUUCUUCCCAAGCUCUCGCGGAUUAUGCCGAGGUGAUUGUUAAUCUGAAGAAAAAUUUGUCCGCAGAAGCCAGCCCUGUUAUUGUCUUUGGAGCAUCUUAUGGCGGAAUGCUUGCAUCAUGGUUUAGACUGAAAUAUCCUCAUGUGGCCUAUGGAGCACUUGCAUCAUCAGCACCUAUUCUCUACUUUGAUGAUAUCACCCCUGAAAAUGGAUACUACUCAAUUGUCACCAAGGAUUUCAAAGAAGCGAGUGAGAAUUGCUACAAUACAAUUCAACAAGUGUGGUCAGAAAUUGACAAACUAGCCUCCCAAGCCAAUGGUCUUAAAUUCCUUAGCCAAAAGUUCAAGACUUGCUAUCCAUUGAACAAGUCUUCUGACCUGAAGGACUACUUAGAUAAUACAUAUGCAUCGGCUGCGCAAUAUAAUAGUCCUCCGCGUUAUCCAGUUUCAUUAAUUUGUGGAGGAAUCGAUGAAGCAUCCAAAGAAACGACCGAUGUUCUAAGUAGGGCAUUUGCAGGUUUGGUUGCUUAUAGAGGAAACCGAUCAUGCUUUGAUACAAAUAUUUACAACUAUCCUUCUGAAACAACUGUGGGUUGGGGUUGGCAGAAAUGUAGUGAGAUGGUAAUGCCCAUUGGCCGUGGUAGCAACGACACCAUGUUUCCUGCGGCGCCAUUCAACCUUACCAGCUUCGCCGAUUCAUGUAAGAAUUCAUAUGGUGUUAGUCCUCGUCCUCAUUGGAUCACAACUCAGUUUGGUGGUCAUGAUAUUAAAAGGGUUCUUAAGUGGUUUGGAAGCAACAUCAUAUUCUCCAAUGGACUGAGAGACCCAUAUAGCAGUGGAGGGGUGCUACAAAGCAUAUCUCCCAGCCUCUUAGCGGUCCAUACAAAAAAUGGAUCUCAUUGCUUGGAUAUACUUAAUUCAUCACCCGAAGACCCAGAGUGGUUAGUGGAGCAAAGAAAGAUAGAGAUCAAAAUAAUUGAUGGAUGGUUGGAGAAGUAUUAUACGGAUCUUGCAGAAACAAUAUGAUAGAAUUUAUUGCUUCUCAAAGUCUGAAAUGAAUAAUUAUUAUGUAGCAUAAGUAACAUUUUAACAUGAUCAUAAAGGAAGAAGUUCAUGUUGAA